AUGAACAAAACACAUUUGAACGUUACUUGCCAGAGAGAAGCAGGUGGAGAACUUGUAAAUGAUAUUGCAUUUAACGCGAGUCAAGAUUUAAUUGGACAAUCAACUGGUUUAUGUGGCAUAAAAGAUCAAUCGUGUAUACUCGAAUCUGUUGUUCCAAAAGGAAAACGAUCAACAACGAAUAAUUUUGCAUCGAAAAUAUGUAACGUAUUCAUGACGGAAGCACUACAACAAGCAUCAUCAUUAAAUGCAAAACCAAGUGAAGAAGCAAAAACUAUUGCUUUAACGGCUUGUAUUAGUGAUGUUACUGUAUCGAAUGAUCUAUCGGUAUGUGUUAAACGAUGAGUUUAUUUCUUUUGUUUAUAUCAGGAAGUUACUCAUCAUAUUCUUUCUGUUUGACUCCCAACCUGUAUAAUGUAAUCGCUUUGUUUUUCUGAAAAUGUUUUUGAAAAUGUCUGGCUUCUCGGACGAAAGAUGAAACAUCUCUAGUUUUCUCCAAAAAAGUGCAAAUCAAGGCAAAGACGUUCUAGAAGUACUGAGCUAUGAAAAGAAAGUUUUUAUAUACUCGACUCCGGUCUCGGUUUCAUAAUAACGUCUACGAGUUUUCCUAGCACUCAAGAAUGAGUUUUAUGACAAAAUGACGUUGGUUACAGAAGUAAAAACUUUUCUAAAAGCCUCAAGCGACUUUUUUCGUAAUUUUCAAUGUUUCUUUUGACACUUUAUUUUCGAAAUGUUUUCUUAAAGCUUAGUCUCGGUCUCACACACUUCUAAAAAAUGUCCUAAGCUCUGAUAUACUUAGCUUUGGAGUUAUGAGUCACACGAAAUUCAAAAAUGGUUUUCAGCUGUAUUUUUGUGCAUUCUUCAUUUUAGUAUGGAAUUAGUUUAGUCAUAUCUGUUAUCAAUGAUGCAAUUAAUAAAUUAAAGCUACCCUCCAGUCAACGUAAAGAUUAUAGAUCUAAAACUGCACAAAAAAAUUAAAGAUAGUUCUUGUAACGCACGUACAAACGUUGCUGCAAUGUUAUAUCAAAGUGGAGAAAAGUGCCCAUUAACCCCCGAUUUCUAAUAGACAGUAAAAAAUUUUUUUUUUUGUACGGAAAAAGACACCAUUCAUACUCGUACUAAUAUUUUUUUCUCUUAUUAAUGACGAAAUUUUUUGUGUCUAUUUUCUUUAAAUAUUUUAAAUGUCAAUUAUUUUUAGUCCAUAUAUGAGCGCACAAGAAAUUUAAUUUUUUUUUUUUUCGCUAAGAAAAGAUCGCGUCAAAUUAGUGGUGUGUUAUAAAAAUGGAAGAUGCAACACUAGUAAGGGAUAAAACUGUUGAUCACUUCUAGUACUAAGCGUAUAGAUAGGGAUAUUUUAUGGUACAUGGAAUAUAAAUAUGCUUGUUUUCCAGUCAAGAAGAGGCUAUCAAGAUUCAUCGUUGUACAAUAAAUUAAAAUAAAAUGAGUAACAGGGGGUAACGUAUAAAAACGUUGGAUUGACGAUGAAGAAGUUUGACUCGAGAGGGAGACAGUGAUGGACGUAGUGCUCUCAUGUUGAAUGAGAAUAUGUAAAGUUUUACCAGCGUUUUCAUAUUUCACGAAGACUAAUGAGGAACUCUUCUAAAUAAAUCAUGCAUACAUUCGAUAAAGAAUGCUAAUGAUGAGAGUUAACAAUGCUAUUAAACAUAAUGUGAGAUAUGCAAGUUCUAACGGCAAAUAUUUACUAAGAAUAUUCACUUCCGAAAUGAAUAUUAACUGCAUGGUAGGGCAGUAGUACUUAACGUUCGCUAUUUCAAACAUGAAUCGGAUAGCGCAGAUAAAAUCCGAUACUUACUUGCUGAUUGUAAUGAAGAGAAAGUGGAAGUCGAAGGAUGACGUGGUAAAUGUGUGAAGCUGCCGAAUGUCGGUCCAUAUUGCUUGUUAUGAAAUACUGCGUAAUGUUUGUAUUCGGCGUCAAUAGUGAAUUUUGUGAUUGGAAGUUGGUGUGGGUUGGUGAGUGUAAAAAGAAAUGCUUGUGAGUCUUGUUUGCAGCCACCCUGUGAACUCCAAGAUACGGUAGUAUAUGCGCCAAAGAGAUAACCGCCUGCCUUAGAUUGAAUAACUGUGACCGUUGGACCUUUUCCAUCGCACUGACGAUGGAAAUCUUGGGCGGCAAAGCCAUCUCGUGUGCCUUGGUAAAUCAAGGUCCAGCGUUGAUUUUCUCGACCAGAAAAUUCAUUGAGUUUUAGCUGAUGCUGUUUGUCAUUCAAUAGUACUCCACCUAUGAAUAGCGGUU